UAUCAAUUAGGAUUAAGGUUUAAAUACAAACUUCAAAUCGUUUAAAACUUAUAGUUCUGUUUCAAAGUUACACUUGCACCUUCCUCAGAGCACUCUUCUUACAUUUUCUUGAGAAAAAUGCGUUCGAAUCUAGCAUUGCUUUCUGUUUUGGCUGUUAUGUUUGUUGUGGUGACAUGUCAUCACCACCAUCAUCAUCAAUAUUUUGAAGGUUACUACUAUGUCUACACGAAUUUACCCCAUCAUUGUUAUAAAAGAAUUUUCUCCGAAGAUCCCAGCAAUACAUUUUAUGCGCUACAAAAUGACAAUAAUGACAGUAAUGAAAACACUGAUGUAAACAGUAAUGAAAACAUUAAUGGAUACGGUAUUGCACCCACUAAUAUUAACAACGAAGCUGUUGAUGCAAAUUCAAGCGCUGCACUCACAUUCUAAUUGUAAAAUAUUAUAAAAAGAAAAUUAAACUUUCCUUUCAUUUUUAUAAAAAUGUAAAAAAAAAACUUGAUCUAAAUAAUAAUAGAAUAAAAUUUUAA